AUGUGGGUUACGAGAGACAUUGCCUUCUACAAUUCUGUUAAUGUUAAUUUUUUUGUAUCAAAUAUUUUGUCUGAAGUGGUCUAUCAUAGUAAUCUGCAUUCUCUUUAUCAUGUGCAGCGUGUUCUAUAUGUGGACAUCGAUAUCCACCAUGGUGAUGGUGUAGAGGAGGCUUUUUACACCACAGAUAGGGUCAUGACUGUUUCGUUUCAUAAGUUUGGGGAUUACUUUCCUGGAACAGGUGAUAUUCGAGAUAUUGGAUAUGGUAAAGGGAAAUAUUAUUCACUUAAUGUUCCCUUGGAUGAUGGAAUUGAUGAUGAGAGCUAUCAGUCCUUGUUUAAGCCAAUAAUGGGAAAAGUUAUGGAGAUUUUUAGGCCUGGUGCUGUUGUAUUACAAUGUGGCGCUGACUCUUUAUCGGGGGACAGAUUAGGUUGUUUCAAUCUUUCCAUAAAAGGUCAUGCAGAGUGUGUCAGAUACAUGAGAUCUUUUAAUGUUCCCCUUCUAUUGCUGGGGGGAGGUGGCUAUACAAUAAGAAAUGUGGCACGCUGUUGGUGUUAUGAGACUAGCGUUGCUCUUGGUAUUGAACUAGAUGAUAAGAUGCCUCAACAUGAGUAUUAUGAAUAUUUUGGUCCUGAUUAUACUCUUCAUGUUGCUCCAAGUAACAUGGAAAACAAGAACUCUCGACAUUUAUUGGAUGAAAUAAGAGCAAAACUUCUUGAUAAUUUAUCUAGGCUUCAACAUGCACCAAGUGUCCCAUUCCAGGAGCGACCACCUGAUGCAGAGCUACAUGAGAGAGAUGAAGAUCAAGAUGGUAGGGAUGAAAGAUGGGAUCCUGAUUCUGACAGGGAGGUUGAUGAUGACAGCAAACCUCGCAGAAGGGUGAAAAGUGAAUGUGUUGAAGCUGAGCAUAAAGAUGCAGAAAGUUACCAUAAACAUCUAGACUGUGGAAGAGAUUUUCACACACCUUUCAAGGAGAUUGCAUGCUCCAAGGUAUCGGGGGUGGACUCGAUGGCAGUGGAUGAACCAUGCAUCAAAGAGGAGCAGGAUAAUUUAAAAGAGCUUUCUGAUCACAGGUCAAGAUGA